AUGAGCGGUAGCGCCCUCAGCGACCUACUCAGUGGCGUUGGCGCCUUCAGGGGCCUUCCUAAGGGAGGCAACGCCCCCUGGGGCCCUUCCAUGGGCGGCUCUGCCCCCAGGGGCUCUCCCAGAUGCGCAGGCACCCUUAAGGGCCCUCAAAGGAUUUCUCAAAAGUUCAAAAACAACAGCCCCCCAGAGGACGUCCCAGGGGCCCUCAGAAAAGCGGCAGCAACCCUAGUGCGCCCUGCCAGGGUCUGCUGGGCCCCCAGGGGCCUUCCCAGGAGCGGUGCCGCCUCCAGCUGCCUUCUCAGUGGCGUUGGCGCCUUCAGGGGCCUUCCUAGGGAAGGCAGUGCCCCCUGGGGUCCUCCCAAGGAAUCAGCACCCUUAGUGGGCCCUCUCAGAAACGCAGGCACUCCCAGGGGCCCUUUCAAGGGCAACCUCGCCCCCUGGGGCUCUCUGAGAUCCUCAGGCGCCCUUAAAGGCCCUUUACAUGUUAAAAAACAACUGCCCCCAGAGGACCUCCCAGGAGCCCUCCGAAAAGCGGCGAUAAUCCUAGGGGGCCCUCCCAGGGGCCUUCCCAUGAGCGGUAGCGCCCUCAGCGACCUACUCAGUGGCGUUGGCGCCUUCAGGGGCCUUCCUAAGGGAGGCAACGCCCCCUGGGGCCCUUCCAUGGGCGGCUCUGCCCCCAGGGGCUCUCCCAGAUGCGCAGGCACCCUUAAGGGCCCUCAAAGGGUUGGCAGUGCCUUUAGGAGGACCUUCAAGGGCGGCGGCACCCCUAUGGGGCCAUUGCAGGAGUUCUCAAAAGUUCAAAAACAACAGUCCCCAGAGGACGUCCCAGGGGCCCUCAGAAAAGCGGCAGCAACCCUAGUGCGCCCUGCCAGGGUCUGCUGGGCCCCCAGGGGCCUUCCCAGGAGCGGUGCCGCCCCCAGCUGCCUUCUCAGUGGCGUUGGCGCCUUCAGGGGCCUUCCUAGGGAAGGCAGUGCCCCCUGGGGUCCUCCCAAGGAAUCAGCACCCUUAGUGGACCCUCUCAGAAACGGAGGCGCUCCCAGGGGCCCUUUCAAGGGCAACCUCGCCCCCUUGGGCUCUCUGAGAUCCUCAGGCGCCCUUAAAGGCCCUUUACAUGUUAAAAAACAACUGCCCCCAGAGGACCUCCCAGGAGCCCUCCGAAAAGCGGCGAUAAUCCUAGGGGGCCCUCCCAGGGGCCUUCCCAUGAGCGGUAGCGCCCUCAGCGACCUACUCAGUGGCGUUGGCGCCUUCAGGGGCCUUCCUAAGGGAGGCAACGCCCCCUGGGGCCCUUCCAUGGGCGGCUCUGCCCCCAGGGGCUCUCCCAGAUGCGCAGGCACCCUUAAGGGCCCUCAAAGGGUUGGCAGUACCUUUAGGAGGACCUUCAAGGGCGGCGGCACCCCUAUGGGGCCAUUGCAGGAGUUCUCAAAAGUUAAAAAACAACAGCCCCCAGAGGACGUCCCAGGGGCCCUCAGAAAAGCGGCAGCAACCCUAGUGCGCCCUGCCAGGGUCUGCUGGGCCCCCAGGGGCCUUCCCAGGAGCGGUGCCGCCCCCAGCUGCCUUCUCAGUGGCGUUGGCGCCUUCAGGGGCCUUCCUAGGGAAGGCAGUGCCCCCUGGGGUCCUCCCAAGGAAUCAGCACCCUUAGUGGACCCUCUCAGAAACGGAGGCGCUCCCAGGGGCCCUUUCAAGGGCAACCUCGCCCCCUGGGGCUCUCUGAGAUCCUCAGGCGCCCUUAAAGGCCCUUUACAUGUUAAAAAACAACUGCCCCCAGAGGACCUCCCAGGAGCCCUCCGAAAAGCGGCGAUAAUCCUAGGGGGCCCUCCCAGGGGCCUUCCCAUGAGCGGUAGCGCCCUCAGCGACCUACUCAGUGGCGUUGGCGCCUUCAGGGGCCUUCCUAAGGGAGGCAACGCCCCCUGGGGCCCUUCCAUGGGCGGCUCUGCCCCCAGGGGCUCUCCCAGAUGCGCAGGCACCCUUAAGGGCCCUCAAAGGGUUGGCAGUGCCUUUAGGAGGACCUUCAAGGGCGGCGGCACCCCUAUGGGGCCAUUGCAGGAGUUCUCAAAAGUUCAAAAACAACAGCCCCCAGAGGACGUCCCAGGGGCCCUCAGAAAAGCAGCAGCAACCCUAGUGCACCCUGCCAGGGUCUGCUGGGCCCCCAGGGGCCUUCCCAGGAGCGGUGCCGCCCCUAGCUGCCUUCUCAGUGGCGUUGGCGCCUUCAGGGGCCUUCCUAGGGAAGGCAGUGCCCCCUGGGGUCCUCCCAAGGAAUCAGCACCCUUAGUGGGCCCUCUCAGAAACGGAGGCGCUCCCAGGGGCCCUUUCAAGGGCAACCCCACCCCUGGGGCUCUCCGGGAUCCGCAGGCGCCCUUAAAGGCCCUUUACAGUGUCGGCGGUGCCUUUAGGGGGCCCUCCCAAGGGCGGUGGCACCCUUAG